AAGCAAUUGGUGCUCUUAACCACUGAGCCAUCUCUCCAGUCUGCUAUUUUUUAAUUAUAUAAAACAUUUAAAAUCCGAAGCAAUCCAUAGCCGGAUUGGGUUUGGGGAGCACGGGUGCUGACACCAGAGCCGAGUGCCUGUCGCCAUGCCUCGGAAAAUUGAGGAAAUCAAGGACUUUCUACUCACAGCCCGGCAGAAGGAUGCCACAUCUGUCAAGAUCAAGAAAAACAAGGGUAAUGUAAAGUUCAAGGUCCACUGUAGCAGGUACCUCUACACCCUGGUUAUCACAGACAAUGAGAAGAAGAUGAAGCAGUCCCUGCCCCCAGGUUUGGCAGUGAAGGAGCUGAAAUGAACCGGACCUCUGCAUGUGACUAUUAAAAACCCUGAAAAGUAAAAAAAAAAAAAAAAAAACCAAAAAACCAACAUUUAGCUGAGUGGACACCCUAAAAUUGUAGCAUCUGGGAGACAAUGGAAUUCCAGGUUUAAAAAGGUGUGUGUGUGUGUGUGUGUGUGUGUGUGUGUGUGUGUGUGUGUGUGUGUGGAA